UUUGUAACUGGGGAUAAAUCUAUAUCUAUCUACGGGUGUAUGACACAAUACUACUUCUUUGGUUUUUUAGUAUCCACUGAAUGUUAUCUUCUGGCAAUGAUGUCUUAUGAUCGAUAUUUAGCAAUCUGCAAACCUCUGCAUUAUGCAUCUGUCAUGAAUGGUAAACUCUGUCUCCAGUUAGCUCUCACAUCUUGGAUGAGUGGUUUGUUGACCAGCACUAUCAUAAUAGCUUUUCUUGUACAGUUAACUUUUUGUGGACCCAGUGAAAUUGACCAUUUCUUUUGUGAUGUGAAUCCAGUGGCAAAUAUUUCCUGCAGCAAUACACACUUUGUGAAGCUUGUUACAUUUGUUACAGGAUCCAUGGGUAUAGGGACCACAUUUAUCCUAACAAUGAUCUCCUACAUCUGUAUAAUUUAUACUGUGUUCCAAAUGAAAUCUAAAAAAGCACAACAGAAGGCCUUCUCUACCUGUUCAUCUCAUCUCACUGUAGUUUCAUUUUUCUUCCUUUCACUAUUGCUUGUCUAUGUUGUCCCUGAAACAGAAAGACUGAAGGAGCUACAUAAGAUCUUUUCCCUGUUCUACACUGUCCUGCCUCCAAUGGUCAACCCCAUCAUCUACAGUUUAAGAAACAGGGAAGUGAAGGAAGCCUUCUUUAAAACUUUUAGAAAAAAUAUCAGUAGUCUUUUAUAA